AUGAGCUUCGACCAGCAGGCCGCUUACGCCAUCCUCCGCGAUGUCGCUAGCCGGGAUUGCAUCUUUGGCAGCGUGACGGCCCUGUCGGCCACGUUCGUCAUCGACGUGUCGGGCUCGAUGGACACCCGGUUCACCCUCAACGGCACCACCUACUCGCGCCUGUCCUACGUGCAGCAGCACCUGAGCCAGGUGAUCAGCGAGCAGCUCAAGCCCUACCAGCAGUUCAACGUCAUCAUUUACAGCAGCGGCGCUCGCGCGCUCUUCAGCGCUCCCGUCAACGCCACCACCGCCAACAUCAAGAGCGCUCUGACCUUCGUGGCGGGCCUGCGCGCCGGCGGGUCGACCAACACGUACGCGGGUCUCCAGCUGGCCUUCAGCUCGUCCAAGGACACCGUCGCGGUCUACCUGCUCACCGACGGCGUGCCCGACUCGGGCCUGGCGCCGCGCAUCCUGCAGGCCAUCCCGCAGUGGGAGGCCCAGCGUGCGGCCGACCGCCAGAUCCGCAUCUUCGCGACGGCGUUCCUGCUGGGUCCGGACAGCGCGGCGGACAAGCAGCUGAGCGCGGCGUUCAUGAAGCAGGUGGCCGCCCUCACCAACGGCGUUUACCGCAACAUGGACCAGACCCAGUAG